GCAGUAGUUAACUUGUACAUGGUCCGAUUUUUGGAAGAAAGAAGCAUGAAAGUAAGCUGUGUGUUCCUAGCGAGCAACCAAAGACUAACAUCUCAAAGCCUAGUGAUCCAAAAACAAUUGAGAGAGUAAUCGUCGGUUCACUGCUAUCGCUUUGGCUUUACCGAAUGAUCUACAUCAUCGAUCUCUGCCUCAUCAAAACGUCCAUUCUAUUGUGUACGUCGCAUUCUGCUUGAGAUUGUCCAAGUCAGCCGAUGCAGGUAUCAGGUGCCGCUUGCAGUAGGUUGCACGCGAGUGCUCGAUACUUGUCACCAACUGGCUUGCCAAUGUGCAUUGCGCUAACGAAGGAUGGGCAGUCUACAAUGAUAUCGCCGCGUCGAACAAGCGCUUCCACUACUGUUCCCGUACGAUACUAGGCACCAUCAUCGUUGGCGGCGUUGCUAUGGUCAUUGCUUCUGUCUUCAUGUGCUAUCCGGUCGGUGACGCGUGGUCUUUCAAAGUCUUCGUGGCCGGCUUGCAGGGCAAACACGCCCACUGCUAUAAUCCGGGGCCUUUUUGGCUUUUCAACGCAGGCUUCAAUCUUGUCACGGAUGUCAUCAUCUGGACACUGCCGAUGGUCUUGUUCCUAAAUCUCCAGGUCAUGCCACUAAGACAGCGUCUCGAGCUCGUUGGCAUCUUCUCGGUCGGCAUCUUCGCCAUUGUGGCCUCGGCAAUUCGGCUUUCCACGAUCAUCGCGUGGUUGUCCGGCUUUGAGAAGCAGGCUCAGAAUACGGCAAACGUGCUGUUGUGGAGUCAAGUGGAGCAACACGCUGGCCUCAUAGCAGGCUCCAUACCCUUCCUGCGGCCGCUAUUUCGUAAAGCGUUGGGCAGAGUGAGGAACAGAGAGCAGCCUGCUUCCAUGCCGAGCCCAGAAGCGCGCCUCGUGAAUGAAUGGAGGCCAGCAGCCGUUCCCGAUAUGCCACGGAACCUCAUCAUUCCGUCACCUCGCUCGACGCUAGACUUGGAUGGUCGGGAAUUCAGGCGGCCUGAGUGGGUUCUUGAGCCAAUUGAACGCGUUUCAAGUGUGUCUACUUGGCACUCAGAGAUAUGGGAUGGAACGCAGUUACGAAAGGGACUCCCUGAUUGAUUUCGGAGGGCUCCAAGAUGCCAGAGGAGCCGACCAGCGGGUCUGCCGAAAUUUCGACUACACGGCCUAUGUCUGGGAGAAACAGACUCGAGGUGGAACGAUAGCUUUGUUUUCUGACCAUGUUCGUGUGGUAUCGUCGUGGCCAGCCAGUCGGUCGACUGCCCAAUCACCACGACGGAAAGUAUAAUUCGA